CCUACCAGUCACCCGCCGGCCGCGCCGCUCAACAGUCGCUCCAACAACUUUCGAAUCUCGAACGCAACGGUAAUCGGAACGGUGACGUGCGAUGCCGGAAUAAACACCUGACUUCGAUUUUCAAAUUCCAACUUUUUCUUUUACUGUGUUUCUGUUUGUGGCCAGUGUUUCGGAAUUGCCGCACCGACUCUUCUUCUUAAUGCCAGCCAGGACAGUGCAAGUGAAAUGCGAUGCUGCAGCCUAGAUUAAGGUUUUCGGAGUGUGCUAUAAGUGCUAUGGAAAGUUCGAGGAACAUUAAAGGACGAAGGAUGGGUGUUUUCGUAUGGGCGGCGUGUUUCGCGUUAUUUUUCAGCGCGACGCAGGUUUCAUGUCAAGAAAUACACGCACAACUAAACGAUGAAGGCAUAAUAGAAGCGUCAAGAAUAAAACGGGACAGCGUCCAAGACAACAGGGCAUUUAAUACUGACGCAAUAGUAUAUGAUAAUUCCCCAUGGAGGCCCGGGAGGGACAUGGACUUCGUAGACCAUCCUGUCUCUGAAGAAGACGAGCGAAAACUAAAAAAUCUGGCAACAAGAAUCAUGUCCAAUGGAGUAGAAGUCUUAGUCAAAGACAAGAAUUCUGAUUCCGGAAAACUAGAACAGACAAAAUUUAUGGAAAUAAAAACGAUUCAGCCAUCUGCCGCCCAGAAUGUAUUUCAAAGUGGAAUACCGAAAAUCGACAAGAGAAUAGAUUCGAGCGAGCACAUGGAACACGCCAAUUUUGACCUGAUUCAACCUUCAGAAGUUGGACAUGCACCAUGUACAUCGUCAUGUUCGUGUAGCCAUACGAAAACAGAGAGUUUGAAAACUAAAUAUGGUGCAGAAAUGAGCAAUUUCAAAAAGGUACCAAUGAAAUCAUCGAAAUAUGGUGCAACUAAGAUAGAUGUGCGGCCUACAAAUAUUGGUCCUUAUGAAUUUGAAAGCAGUUCUCAGUCAGCUCCAACAGACAAAAUUGUAGAAAAGUAUACAGAAGUAAUAAAUGAUUAUUCGGAUGAAAAAGAGUCAGGCUCAGUGGAAGAAAGUGAACUACUCACGAAUGAACAAGCGCCAGCACCUCCAAAAACAAACAAAACCCCUGGUAACAAGACAGAGAAGAUCAAAACAGAAAAACCCCAUAAACCUAACAAAAAUAAGUUUGUAGUAGCUGACCUAUUGAAGUUGGGCUCAUUGGGGAUAAAAGGGUUGUCGCAGCUGGCACCAGUACUUGAAAAAAUGACUGGUGGUUUCAUGAAAAGACAAGAUAAUAUCAACAAAACUACCACUUCAACUACAGUCAAACCAGAAACGAAACUUACUCAGUAUUCUGUUAACAAAAGAAUUGAUAGUGAUAUUGACACAAAAUACAAUAAUUUUCCCAUUUACAUUCCAGUUGAUGAUAUGGAUGUAUCUGAAUCACAAUUGGCGUAUAAAAAUGUAACGUUACAUCAAAAUCUGGCGUGGGCCGCUGAACAUAAGCAUCCAAAAGCACAUAUUCUUCCGAACAAAAUGAUACACGAGAGUCCUUUACUGAAUGGAGGUAUACCUAUAAGCCCGGGUGAGAUAAUCACAGCCAAUUCAGAUGUUAUUGUGGGAAAACCAGCUGUAGGUGGACCAUUGACCUUGGCUGCCAGUGGAAUAAGAUUGCAAAACCCUGUUAACCCUCCACCUCUUGACAGUUUUGUGUCAGCAAAUGAGCAAGAUUACUCUGUGCAAGAACUUUCUAAUGAUUCACCGUCGUCAUCAUCAAUGAAAGUGGAUGACUCUUUCGAUUUAAGGCCACCGGAGCUGCCUAAGCCAAAACUUAAACCUAACAGAAAUAUGCCUAAACCUUCUACGUCACCCAAAUACUAUGAAUCAAAUAAUCAAGCUCAUUACUCACAACAAAAUCCUAAAAUGUCAUCUCGUCCUCAUCCUUCAUCGCGUCCAAAUGACCAUCUUAUGAAGACAGAACAAAUGAAAACAACAGCAAUGCUUGGAAAUCAUGGCAGACCCGCAUUUUUAGACUACAUACCUUCAUUUGAUCAACCGAACAAAAGUUCUCAAUCAUCACUUCAUAAUUCUAGACCUUAUUCUGAGCCUAAGGAGGAGCCUGAGAUUCCUGACAACAGUCCUAGCUCUUCUGAAAUAAUAAAUACCAGAGUUAAAGUUGAACUAAAUAAUAAACCAUUCUUAGUUGAUAUUCAACCAUCUAGAGUAGCUAAUGUAUUGAUACCUCAUGGAAGUUCUACCGCGUUAGUAUUCGCCGGGUCUUCAGAACCUCAUAAGACUGGUGACUAUGUGGAUGACCCACUACCUUAUCCGGAACCAGGAUACUUUGGAAGCUUCAGUAUUGAUGCUCCACAGAUGACAAAUGUACAUAAUGUACCACCCAAUAAUAAGCCUAUGCAAAACAAGCCUAAUGUACCACCACCACUGGAACCAUACACAUCACAAUCACAAAAUAAAGAAUCAGGUGUAUACAGAUACGAGCAAGUACAAAAAUGGAAAGAUAUGAAGCGACCGACUGAUUUCAAUAAACUUCCUCCUCCAACUAGCAACCAAGAAACACAUCUUCAUAUAGGACCCAAAAUUACUGUUUACAACCCUGAUGUUUACAAACCUGGUACUAAUGGAAAGUUUGAAAAGUAUAAUCAAAAGUAUCACGGUAUAGAUGGCAAAGACAUCAUCGAUAAGGAAUAUGAAAACUACUUAGCAGUACCACCUCCUCCACCGCCAAAGAAAAAACCUAUUCAUGAACAUUUCAAUCAAAAACCGGUUGUACAUACAAAACCUAUACAAGAUAUGAAAGUCUUUUUGAAUAUACAACAUCCUGUGCCAAAACAGCCAAAUGUCAUUAAUAAGGAUAAAUUACCAACAAAAGUGACAUCAGAAAUUUAUUAUGCUGCACAGACACCUAAUGUACACUCUCCUACUUAUACUAUCCAUAUACCAAAUACUCCGAUAUCAUCCCAGAACAAUUAUUAUAAUCAAGUAACGAGUAAUGCGAACCAAAAUAAAGUACCAAGUCAAAUACAAACACAUAAUAGAAAUCCUGAACAAGGAUCAUUUACUGUAGUAUCUUCACCUAAUAUAGGGAGCAAACCAGGACUCGUAAGUGAUGCCAAUGAUAAUGCAAAUACUUACACUGUAACACUAAAUACUGCUACUAAUGUGGCAAACAAUGAUGGCGAUAAAGGACAAAUAAUUGGAUCCAGUGUUCCUGUUUCAGUGGGAAUAUCCAACAAUGAAAAUACUGAUAUACCUAUUGGUACAAACUUUGCAAUAAGAGUUGAAGAUGGAUCAUCAUCAUUUGAUUACAGUGUACCCAUACAAGGAAACAGGAGUCCACCCAUGGUUUAUGAUAGUCACGGGCAAGCCAAUCCUAAUAUAUAUGUGGGUGACAACCGAUGGAAUACCAGUUCUACAAACAGUAUUUCUAAAACAGAAAAGUCUAAUAAUGUGAUUCCUGAUUUACCUAGUUCUACUCCUAAGUAUCAAGAUAAACAUUAUUUGAUAGAAUCAAAACCAAGUACGGUCUCAUCAACAAACAGCCAUGCCAAUUUCCCCAUGAUAAAUGACAUUUCAACACCUUCAAAUGAAAUUGUGAAACCUGUAACCGAAGAUGUAGAUGAUGUUAAACCAGAACAAAAGAGACCAGCAAAACUUAUACCUAAUAUCCCGUCUAAUUCACACGGAUGGUAUUCAAGUGUUCCAAUCAAUGAUUUUGAAAGUAUAAAUCAAGUCAAAGAAUUAACUACUAGGAAAGCCAUUCCCUUAUUAUACGAAUAUCAGCAUGAUAGCUUACCUGACUUUGGACAAAAAAUUGCAAGCGUGGGAAAACCACCAAAUGAGUAUUAUUCUGAAAACCAACCGGAAGUUACGGAAACUCCAAAACCUUUUGCUAAACCGAUAGAGAAUGAAACACCAGCUCAAGAAAAUCAGAACUUUAACAAAAAUAAGUUUAAUAUCAAUUAUUUACCACAUAACUUGGGCUCAAUACGGCAGCCUGUCUACGACAUACCUGUAAGAGAUAAUAGUGAUGAAACCACUACCCAAAAAGUCAAUGACCAAAGGAAGCCAAUUUAUGAGGACGCACAUGAAAUAUAUGAUGGAGAAGAUGUGAAUGAUGAUACAGACAGUGAGGUUAGUAUGGAAUCGAUGCAUGAACCGGUCAUAAGUACUUCUGAUGAACAUGAUAAUAAACAUGAAGAAUCUAAAUCUUCAACUGAAUCAGAAUUAUCACAAGACCAAUUAUUAGAAAAAGAUUCUAAAAAUGAAGUCAAAGGAACAAAUGUGCAGUUUGUGGAUUUCAACCCUGGUACUCAAACAGAAAAACCUUUCAAUGCUGAGUCAUACAAUAGAACUAACAAUUUCCAAUCUAACACUAUCAAACCAAUAGAAGACCACAAUUCUCAUAUGAGGCCACGACCGUUUACAAUCAACACCGCAACUACUUUAGAUCAUCAGUUACAUCAACCUCAUUGGCAAAUUAAUCAACUAAUGGAAAACGUAACGAACGGAUCAUAUGAAGAAAAUCUUGAACUUAAUAUUGGAGAAGAGAUGAGCACAGUCACCACAAGAAAACCUGCCGCUACACAGAUUAUACCGAAUCGCCACGCAGAAUUUGAUAAUAAGUACAAGAGACCACAAAGACCAGUAUUCUCGUUACAUUCAAACAAUAUCAACGAAUCCAAAAAUAUAAUUACUUCAACGGUUCAUCUUAAAGAUAAGAAACCUUUAACUGUUAUCAACGAAUCUAACGACAAAAGUUCCACAUUGCCUACUUUUACGAUAUCGGCACCUAACUUUGAUCUUAAUCGGUCAGAAAGCGAAAUUAUUGAUUUAUCACCUCCACCACCUACAAUGGACUAUAAUUUCGUACCAACAAAUACUGAUGAAACGAUAAUGGGCAUGAGUCCACCACCACCUGGUAACUCAAUGAGACCACCCCAGCCAACGCGGUCGCCAGCUACUCCGAGACCUAACAGGACACCGCCGCCGUACCGAAACAAACCACCGAGAACAACAUCACCAAGAAUUCCAACUCAACGUCCUACAAGAAAACCAAUAACUAGAGAUGAAAUUUCAACAUACAGGCCCAACUAUGACAUUUUGAACAACCUAAAGAGGCCUUAUUACAACCGAGAUCAACCAUCUUCACAAUUACUACCGCCACCGAGAGAUAUGCCUUCAAGAGUUAAUCCUAUUAAUGAUGUUGCUCCAUCUGCAACAGUCAAGCCUUCGGCACCAAAUAUAGUCUUCCCCACCCCUGUAUCAUCAGGCUGGUUAACAUCAUCUGGUAUCGAAUUUUCAUCUAAAUUUGAUUUCGGUCCAACCUCAGUUCAGUUCCCAGUGUCAUCACCAUCAUCUGAAAAGUUACCUGAGAUACCAACAACUGAUAAAUCGUUUUCAUAUGAAAACGAAGCAUCGUCAUCAACAGAACGAGCUGAUGAUGUUAGUUCUGAAAAUCCAUUAAUUGCUAAUAGAGAUUCUAUUCCAAAUGAAAAUACUAAAAUAAGUACAAAAGUACAAACAUCUAGUGAAGAAUCUCCAAUUGAUGAUACGGAUAUUAGCAAAUCCAGCCAAGAAGACAAUACAACUGAUAAAAUGAAAGUUGUACCUCUAUGGAAUAAAAAUAGGACGCGUAAACCCUACCCAGGGCGCGAUGAAGACAAAAAGUCCAGUGCCAACAAGUACAAAGUUUCGUCUAAACCAUCACCUGUUAUAAGACCGACAAGAACAUUAACUCGGCCAGACUUGUAUCCCACUAGAAAUGUCAACACACGGAAGGUUAUUAGACCAAGUCCCACUCGCUUGCCAGCUAUUGUUCGUCCAAGUGUUAUUGAAAGCUCAGAAUCAUCCAUUGAUGAUGAACAAAUACAGCCUACUGAGGUUCUUAAGGAUGAAGUUAUUAUGAGUGAAUCACCAACUAUGCUCUUACCUGAAAAGCACCCAAUAAAUGAAAAGACUCCCUCUCUAGAAAACUCUAUUAUCUACAGUGAAAGUGAAGUCAUACCAGUAGUGAAACCUACUCACCAUGGAGGCAAUGAAGUUAAAAUUGUAGAUGAAAUUAUGCCUACCAAGACUGAAUUUAAAACCACUGUUAUAACUCUAACAAAGACUUUGUCAGAGCCACCCCAAAUCGUGUCAAGCAUAGGUUAUGUCAAUUUAACCCAUACAUUGACCGUAACACAUACCAAGACAAGUCUCGUUAGUCAAUCGGAGGGAGCUAUAACUCAAACACUGAUUAUGACUAAUACACAUACAUCUACCCUUGUUGAUGUCAUAACUGAGAUUCGGACUCAAGUACAACCGACCACAAUAAUAGAAACUGUAACGAAGCUGAUCUCCAUAUCUCAAAUAGAGCCAACACCAGUAAAAGCGGUGCCUGCGAAGACUAAAAUAGCUCUCGACGAUGUCACUAUGUCUUCUGAGGAGAGAGAUAACUUUAUUAUUAGAGAUAGUGAAACCACUGAAAACAUACAGAAAAUACAGCAAGAUAGUGAGGGCGACAAUGAUUCGUUCUUUGUAGUUUUGAACAAAUCUCAGAAUGGUGGUCAAGCGCCACCAGUCAGUAGCAAUGAUGUUGAUACCGGAGAAUACGAUGGAAUCACCCGAAACGAACAAGUGAACAGCAACGGUGUGUCUCAAGUACUGUUCGGAGAGAUAUUAUUAGCCGGAACACCUUACUUGGAAACCAAUGUCAUCAAUCCUAAUGGCGUGGGAUACGGCAAGGAAUGUCAGCCUGAUUGUAAGGCUUCAAGGAAUGAACGUUGCCAGAGAAUAGAUGGAAUGAUGAAAUGCGUUUGCAGACCUGGAUUUGCCAGAAUGUUCCCUGACAGACCAUGUAAACCAACCUACACAUACUCUGUCAAAAUGGCGCUCAGUUCGCAAGGCAAAGAGCACCUGCAGUUCCACGAAAAUCUGGCUGACAACUCCAGUAACCAGUACCAUUCACUGGCCCUAGCCACUCACGAGGGCAUCAACCGGAUGGUGAUGCAGUCUGACCUCAGGGAUGUGUACCACGGGGUCCACAUUACAAGGUUCCAGCCAGUCGAGCUGAAGAAGGAAGGAGGAGAGGCAUAUCAGGGUGUCAUGAAUGACUUUUAUGUUCAGCUAUCAGACAACGCCCAUGAGAGUAGACUGAAGGAGGUGAUCGAGAAGUACCUGAGGAACAACAACUACAGCCUCGGAGGCACUGACGUGUUCGCCGCGAGUGAGCUUAUGGACCGACUGAAUGUUAGCGACUUCGACGAGUGCGUAAGCGGUCAGUUCCACGACUGUUCGGAACACGCGCAGUGCUUCAACCUGCGCGGCACCUACACCUGCAGCUGUCUCGAGGGGUUCGCCGACCUCAGCGUCAACCCGCUGUACCCUGGGAGGAUCUGCUCUGCGGAGCCGGUGGGUUGUGAGCGCUGCAACUACCACGGCGCGUGCUACUCGCGUGAUGAUCGGAGGGUCCUCUGUGAAUGCUUCCAGUGGUACGCCGGCAGCUCCUGUCACAUCAACUUGAAGGUGGUCCUCAUCUCGCUGGUGACAAUCGGCGCGUUCCUGACAGUGAUCCUGGUGAUCUGCGCGGUGGUGGCGUGCUCCAAGCGGCCGCGCCCGCCGCCGCGCUCCAUCGUCGCCUGCAUACAGGGCAUGCCGGGGCUGCAUCAGGGUGCUCAGCCCUCCAAGAGCCGCGCGGACCGGCGCGCGCUGAUCAGCGAGCGCGCCGACAGCGGCGACGCGUCCAGCGUGCAGAAUGCAUCGCUACCAUACAUGCCGGCUAAGAAACAAUCGACAUCAGCCAUGAAGAAGCUGGCGAUGUCCUCCCCCCCCGCGCACGAGGCGCCCCCGCCCCCCGCGCCCGCCGUCAUGAUCCCGCGCGCCCGGCUGCACCCGCCGCAUAGAGACAGCAGGGAGAUGGCAAGUCGCAAGCAGAGCCUGGAGCUGAGCAGCGAAGCCAAGCUGAUCAGCUACCUGGAGUCCGGCGCUACUGCUAACAACGAUGAGAUGAUGAGAAGGAAACACAGCAUGGAGUCAUCAUACAGUGCUCCAAAAGACAGACACAGUGGAAAUAAACAAGGAGCGCUAGUAUCAGCCGGGUUCAAGGUGUCGACCACGAUCCGCCCCGACGAGCAGCGGGACGACCGCGACGACCGCGACGACCUGUCGUCCGUCAACAAGAACGACCUGGAAGCGGAGCUGCGGUUCGACUCGCUGAGGAAGAGCUACAGCCAAGAAGAAUUGUCGGAAUGGACGGAUGCUGAACGAAGAAUCGGAGAACUGACUCUAUCAGAGGCGCGGUCCGUGGGAGGGACGCUACCAGCCAGUACCGGCCGAGCAGCCUCGUCCACGCGACUCACACACCAGGAGGCGAACACGAUGGCGGAGCGCGACCUCGGCUCCACCUUCCUCCUCCCGCACGUGCACCUCUAUAAACCAGACCUUACCAGCGACGUGUCAGAAUUUGAUUCGCUAUAAGGAUCAAUCUAAAUGUAAAAGUAAUCAGUCACAAAUUCAAAUGUAAAAGCAUAAUAGUGCCUAUUGGCUUUCAUGUGUAGGGUUAUUAUAAAUGUGUACCUAAUUUAAUGUUCAAAAUACAUUGUACCUUUGCAUCACGAGGCUUUACUGUCUAUGUCUGAAGCCGGUAUUAUAAUUUCAUAAUUCAAUUUGUGAUUGGACGCUUCACUUCCAAACUUGCACCUGAUUGGUUAGUUACAGUACCAAACCGCACAUGAUAAGCGUAUGACCUCACUUGAUCAUCUUAAUAGGUGCUUAAGUAGGUACUUACUUAUUUUUAAAAAAAUUCUACACACAGCUUCGAUUAAGUAACACUUAUAUGAAAUAUUCACAUCCCCGAAAGCUGUGAAUGAAAUAUAAUCUAGACUUAAUCACCAAAGUGAAAACUUAUUUAUUUUUAAUUUAAGUUGCUUAUUUUAUCUGUUAUUUAUCUAUGUACUUACCAAUAUUAUGGAAAUAUUGCUUACAGUGAUGAAUCACUCCUACCAAGAAUUUUGUCAGUAUAUCAUCGAAAAAACAUCGAAUUGAAUAUGAAAUAUGCCAUAAUUAAAUAUAAGAGUUAAAAUAGAUUUUAAGCUCCCUAGAAGAUGAUUUGAACGAGAAAUCAUGUAAAGUUUGUAAAUCCUAUUUAUUCUAAAACGAUUUCUUGUUUGAAGAUUUUUCUUUCUAUAAAAUAUACUUACUUUAAAACUUUUAAAUAUUUGUGCAACAGUGCGUGCCAAUUUGAAAACUUUCUUUUAAUAAUCUCUUUACAGUUAGUUUUGUUUUUAAUAUUAUUUCUAAUUUAAGCCUUUUUGUAAUUUUAUAUUGUUGUUGAAAUAAAUGGCUUUAAAUAAAUCA